CAUACGUCACGCCGUCGCCAUCCAAACACCACGGGGAACUUUACAUGAAGUGAAUGGGCUGCUAGCCUGCCGCCGUCUUUUUCCCCGUUCAUCACCGACCGCUCGUAUAAUUCUUUUCACCAAAAUGGCCGGUUGUGUUACAGCGUGCAGUUAGUUGUGUGUACUCCGUCGUGUGCGUUUGAAGCAUGCUCCUCUUUCAGCUACCAGAGGAUGUUUUGUAUCACAUACUGUCUUAUUUGGACUGUCAAACACUGAGUCGUCUCUCUCAGGUUUCUAAAGUCAUUUGGCACAUUGUAAGCCGUGAUGUGGUGUGGAAGAAGAUCGCCAAAGGCUUGUUAAAUACUGGAAUUACUCGAUACUGGACAGACAUUUAUCCCCAUAUCCUGCUUAAGGAGCGAGUGAAGAUUGCUCAAAACUGGUGCCAUGGAGUGUGUAAAAGGACUACGCCUUUGAAAUGGAAACCAAAAUUGUUGCCGUGGUUGCAGCUGGAUGGGGACACACUAUUUUUGUCUCAAGCUGGCGAAAUUCAAGCCUACCCUCUGCGCCAAGACUGCAAGAAGAUUUGGCGUAAGCCAAUCAAAAUCUACUCUGGCCACCGGGCAGACGUCUGCAGAUUUGUUCUCACGGACACGCACCUCAUCAGUGGUGGAAGUGAUGGCAAGAUUGUGGUCCACAGUAGAAGAAGUGAGAGCCCAAGGAAGUUAUUUGGUCAUAAUCAGGAAGUCAACUGCAUUGACUCCAAAAACCAACUCAUCAUCAGUGGAUCUAGAGAUCAAACAACCAAGAUCUGGACAUUGGCCUCCAGCUGCCCCCGAGACAGCAUUCCCCUGUAUGACAGAGUCUGGUCUGUUGCAAUUAACCCGACACUAAGCUCCUUUGUAACGGGUACGGCUUGUUGUGAGAACCUCUCCCCUCUUCGCAUCUGGGACGUUGAACGGUCCGAGUGUAUGGGCAGUCUGGGUUCAGAGUUCCGUCGAGGGGCCGGUGUGUUGGAUAUGCUGUUUGAGAGCCCUUUUCACCUCUUCACCUGUGGCUACGACACAUUUAUUCGACUCUGGGAUCUUCGCCUAAGUCGGCGGAAGAACGUCAUGGAGUGGGAGGAACCCCACGACAGCGCCUUAUACUGCAUGCAAACGGACGGAAAUCACAUGAUAGCCAGCGGGUCCUCCUACUAUGGUGUCGUUCGACUCUGGGACAAAAGGCAAACUCAAUGCUUACAGUUUUUCCAGUUGAGCUCGGACCUUGUGAGCAGCCCAGUGUACUGCCUGCGUUUCAGCAACUCUCACCUCUAUGCAGCCCUGGCAACUGCACUCCACUCAUUAGACUUCAGACACAACGUCAUCACCAUCAGAUGACACCAAAUAAAGCGUCCACUUUAAACUUC